CAAUCAUUUAAUAAUAAUGAUAAUAAGAAUAAUAAUUAUAAAAGAAAUCGAGCUUUGAUGAUCAACAACAAUAGUAGCGAUAAAAAUGGUGGACAUUACCCUAAUCAUCAUCAUCAUCAUCAUCAUAAUUAUCAAUAUCAAUGGUGGUCAACAAAAUCAUUUGCCAUAAUGUUAUUAUUGUUGGCCAUUAUGGCCACAUCCAUUGCCGAUUGUAGACUACGAAAGUCACGUAGAUAUCAUAGAACAUCAUCAUCAUUGACAUCAAUUAAUCGAAAAAGUAGAGGUGUGGCAAUAAAAUUCACCUGUUCAGGACGACCAUUAGGUUAUUAUGCUGAUCCUGAUUUUGAAUGCCGUAUAUUUCAUAUAUGCGAUAAUUUUGGCCGCCGUAUUCCAAUGCAUUGUCCACCGCAUACAAUGUUUAAUCAAAUGUAUCGUGUUUGUGAUUGGGAUUAUAAUGUUGAUUGUCCAUCAUCUAAAUCAUGGUAUCAUGUUAAUUCAAAUAAUCAUGGUAAUACAAAUGAAUCAACGGAAAGAGCCGCUGCAGCAUCCGUACCAGCUAAAACAACCAUACAAUUACAUUCAACAUCAACGACAACACCGUUAAUUCUAAAUAAUGAUCAUUGAUGAUCGAUUUUUCUGUUGUUAUCGAUUGGACAUUUUUUUUCGAACAUGACAUACAAAGCUACA